UGAGGUUCUAAAAAGCUUUUUAUUGAAAAAUAAUAUGCAGGUGUACUUUAUUUAUUUUUUAAUAUUUGUUUAUUUAGGCUGUGCUGGGUCUUAGUUGAGGCACACGUGAUCUUUAGUUGGGGCUUUUGGAAUCUUUUAAUUGCAGCAUGCAGACUCUUAGUUGCAGCAUGCAAACUCUUAGUUGUGGCAUGUGGGAUCUAGUUCCCCGACCAGGGAUCGAACCUGGGCCCCCUGCCUUGGGAGCAUGGGGUCUUAACCACUGUGCCACCAGGGAAGUCCCCUAGAUGUGCUUUGUAAAAAAAAACAAAUGUAUCUCAGUGAUAACAUUGGUAAAGGCUACCUAGCACAGCAACUAUUCAAACCGAUAUCAAAUUAAUCAUUGCUCAACCUUCCCUAUGCUAUUGUCAGAGUAUAAUAUUUCCCUAUACGACUGUCAAAUCAAAGUAUUUUAAUUUGCAAAGUUCCUAAAGCAUUUAUGUUGAAAAUACUUUUAGUCUCAUUAUAAAAGGUCUAUUGUCAAAAAGUGUGAGAAUUAUGGUUUUUUUUCCAAUAGUUGGAAAGUAUAACAGAGUGUAUUCAUUUUUCUGGUGUUAGUAACUAGGAGGAUUAAUAUUAUGUUAGAUUUGUGAUAAUAAAUUUUUGGUUUUUCCAGUAGAUGGAAUGAUCAGGGCAUAGGAUUGUAUUUAAAAGUGUUUUAAUGAACAUGAGAAGAGAGGCAAGAUUGUGAUCAGAUUUGCAUGAUGGAUCAUGUUUUAUUUUCUUGGUAAAAUUCAUGCGCAUGAAUUUUUAAAUUUAAACAUGUUUGAGAAACAUUGUAAAGGAAAACUAUAUUCUUGGGAAUUCUUGGAUGUGCUUUAGUCCUUUAUCAAGGAAGGGUCCUAUGUUGGAUGUGUGAGAAAAAAAAGAAAAUUUGAGAACCUUUCUUUUCUUUGGUGUAGUUAGAUUUCCAGAGUCUCCCAGCUAACAUGUGCUGUUCAGAUGUAAACUCUGAAGUGCAAAUGAGGUAACAUUGCAGCUAUUCACGGUCAUUCUAUUUCAUGGCAACCUGGAGGAGCCCCUCAGCCUGGGGUUGUUCACACACAGUGCUUCUCCAGUUUUGGGUUAGGGCUGCUGAAAGUCAUGGUGCUCGUCAUGGUGUGUCAAGUUGUAAGUUUUUUUAUGAAGCUAAAGUGAUUGAUGAAAAAGAUUAUUCGAUUCUAAUUGAAGGCUUACAGAGGAUAGUUUGAGAACCAUUAUUUAUAUUAUAAUGAAGACUUCAAAAUAUACCUCAGAAGUAUUUGUAGUCAGUUAAGGAUAUUCUGAUAGGUCUUAGAUAGUUCACAAGUUGAUUUUAUUACUGCCACUGUUGUAAUUUUUUUCAUUUUUCUCUGAUGUAUUCCCUCAUACUUACCUGUUUUGAGAGAAACAAGUAUGCUAGGCAAGAGUGUUAACUGGUGAGGUGUACAGAGGUGAGAAAGAUGUGCCAGCCAUCAGAAACUUUUCUGAGAUUGAAAAGGGCUACAAUUUGAAGAACUGUGUAGAGAUAAUGCUUAUGAUCCUGACGUGAAUGCUAAACAGAUAUGGAUUGACAAAACAGUGAUAAAUGACCAUAUAUGCCUGACAUUCACUGAUAAUGGGAAUGGGAUGACUUCAGACAAAUUACAUAAAAUGCUUAGCUUUGGCUUCAGUGACAAAGUCACCAUGAAUGGUCACGUCCCAGUUGGAUUGUAUGGGAAUGGCUUCAAGUCAGGUUCUAUGCGUUUGGGUAAAGAUGCAAUGGUCUUUACCAAAAAUGGAGACAGCAUGAGCGUGGGCUUCUUGUCUCAGACCUACUUGGAAGUCAUAAAAGCAGAACAUGUUUUUGUGCCAAUAGUGUCAUUCAACAAAAACCGACAGAUAAUUAAUUUAACAGAAUCAAAAGCAAGCCUUGCUGCAAUUCUGGAACAUUCUCUAUUUUCUACGGAACAGAAGGUACUGGCAGAACUCGAUGCUAUCAUGGGUAAGAAGGGGACAAGGAUCAUCAUCUGGAAUCUCAGAAGCUACAGAAGUGCAACAGAGUUUGAUUUUGAUAAGGAUAAAUAUGACAUCAGAAUUCCAGAAGAUUUAGAUGAGACAGCAGGGAAGAAAGGGUAUAAGAAGCAAGAAAGGAUGGACCAAAUUGCCCCUGAGAGUGACUAUUCUCUGAGGGCUUACUGCAGCAUAUUAUAUCUAAAGCCACGAAUGCAGAUCAUCUUGCGUGGACAGAAAGUGAAGACACAGCUAGUAUCGAAGAGUCUUGCCUACAUUGAACGUGAUAUUUAUCGACCCAAAUUUUUAACUAAUAAAACUGUGAGAAUUACCUUUGGAUUCAACUGCAGAAAUAAAGAUCAUUAUGGGAUAAUGAUGUAUCACAGAAAUAGACUCAUCAAAGCUUAUGAAAAAGUUGGAUGUCAGUUAAGGGCAAACAACAUGGGUGUUGGAGUAGUGGGGAUUAUAGACUGUUAUUUUCUAAAGCCAACUCAUAAUAAACAAGAUUUCGAUUAUACUAAUGAAUACAGGCUUACAAUAACAGCACUAGGAGAUAAGCUCAAUGAUUACUGGAAUGAAAUGAAAGUGAAGAAAAAUGCAGAAUAUCCUCUAAAUAUGCUAGUUGAAGAUAUGCAGAAACGUCCUGAUCAGACAUGGGUUCAGUGUGAUUCCUGUCUAAAGUGGCGAAAAUUACCAGAUGGGAUAGAUCAACUUCCAGAAAAAUGGUAUUGCUCCAAUAACCCUGACCCACAGUUCAGAAAUUGUGAUGUUCCAGAAGAACCUGAAGAUGAAGAUUUGGUGCAUCCCACUUAUGAAAAAACCUACAAAAAGAAAGACAAGGAAAAAUUCAGGAUCAGACAACUGGAAACAAUUCCUCGGAUUCCUGCUGAACUCUUGUUUCCAACAACCCCAGUGUCAAGUCAAAGCUUUACUCCCAUUAAGGAAAGUGUCUCAAGAGGACAUCUUUCAGAAGCAGCAAAUACUUAUGCAACAAGACUUCUAAAUAAUCAUCGAGGCUCACCCCAGUCUGAACCUGAGAAUAACAGCCUGAAACGGAGACUCUCUGCUCGUUCCUCAAUUUUGAAUGUGAAGAAUCGGAGAUUGAAUAAUCAAGCAUUUGAAAAUUCUUAUAAAGCCAACGAUGACGAUGAAGAUGUCAUCAUCUUAGAAGAAAACAGCACUCCCAAGCCUGCAGUAGAUGAGGAUAUUGAAGUGAAGUUGCAGCACAGUCACAUGGAGCAAAGUGGUGUUCAGGUGGAGCCUGUGGGUGAUAAUGAACCUUGUGGCCAGACUAGCUCAACAGGCACCUCAUCAUCCAGGUGCAGUCAGGGAACUACUGCGGCCACCCAGACUGAAGUACCUAGUUUAGUCGUGAAAAAGGAAGAAACUGUUGAAGAUGAGAUAGAUGUCAGAAAUGACACACCCAUACUGCCAUCCUGUGUGGAAGCUGAAGAAAAAACACAUGAAACCCAGGAAACCUUUGAUAAAUCUGCCAGUGAUGCUGGUUGCCAAUUAAAUGAACUAAGAAAUGAGCUGCUUCUCGUCACUCAAGAAAAAGAAAGUUAUAAAAGACAGUGCCACAUGUUUACUGACCAAAUCAAAGUGUUACAGCAAAGGAUACUGGAAAUGAAUGACAAAUAUGUGAAGAAGGAAACUUGCCACCAGUCUACCGAAACUGAUACUGUAUUUUUACUUGAAAGUAUUAAUGGCAAAUCUGAAAGUCCAGACCAUAUGAUAUCUCAGUAUCGGCAAGCUUUGGAAGAAAUAGAAAGGCUGAAAAAACAGUGUAGUGCUUUACAGCAUGUAAAGGCUGAAUGCAGUCAGUGUUCCAAUAGUGAGAGUAAAAGUGAAAUGGACGAAAUGGUUGUGCAGCUUGAUGAUGUAUUUAGACAGCUGGACAAAUGCAGUAUUGAGCGGGACCAGUAUAAAAGUGAGGUUGAAUUAUUGGAAAUGGAAAAAUCACAGAUCCGUUCGCAGUGUGAAGAACUGAAAACUGAAAUUGAACAAUUAAAAUCUACAAGUCGACAAAUAGGAGAUGUAUCAACAUCAAGUAACAUCGAGGAGUCUGUAAAUUAUACUGAUGGGGAAAGCCUCAAACUUCGAUCUCUUCGCGUUAAUGUAGGACAGCUCCUGGCUAUGAUUGUACCUGAUCUCGAUCUUCAGCAAGUGAAUUAUGAUGUUGAUGUAGUUGAUGAGAUUUUAGGACAAGUUGUCGAGCAAAUGAGUGAAAUCAGUAGUACUUAAAGUAUGUUUUAUGUGAGAUAAUAAAAAAAUAUUUGCUCAGUCUUUCUGGUUGUACAGCUUUCAAAAUGUAAACAACUUUGUUAUAGAUAUGAUAGGUAACAGACUGAGGAACCAUAAUGUUUUCUGUAUUCUAUGCAUUCAAGUAUGGACACAGAUAUUGUGGACACCUUAUCACACCUUUUGAAAUGCCUGUGAAUCAUUGGUAUUGAGCAGCUGCGUAGCUAACUCAUGAUUCUGCUUUGAAAUGUAAAUAUUUAUAAUUAAGUCGCACAUAUUUUUUUAUUACCCUAGAGGACUCAAGUGUUUUUCACCAAGAGGUUUUCAGGUUGCCCGUAAGCUUUGUGCAAUCUUUUCCGGUUCCCCAAAGUGUAUUUUUCUCUGCCUUGAGGGCUGUGCCAUAAUACAAGUGGAGGUGUUCCCUUUGAUUUUCUUACAGAGAAGUUUAAAACAGGGUUUUUAAAAAUGGAGUAACACUCCUGAUGAGUUGUAAGUGAACUGAGCAUUAGUGUUUCUUUUCUAUAAAUUUUAUCUCCUGAAAUGUUUUAUUCAUGAAGAUAAAGUAAGCAGAAACUCAGUCCAUUUUGCCAGGAUUUUUUUUUUGUGCUGAGCCAAUUAUGGUUAAACGCAAAGUGUUUUUACAGAAAAAGUAGUGAACUUUAGUAUAAAAAUAUAAAAAAUAUUAAAUGUCCCACCACAUUUACUUUGAAGCCCAUUUUUGGCUGCUUAGUCCGCAUGGAGUGGGCACAAUAAUUGUUUAAUAUUUCUUUUUGUGAAAUUUCCUGUACAGCCUUUUGUAGGAUUACUACAGGUUAAUAUGAGUUGAGGAAGACAAUCUUUCUCCAGCAGUACUGCAUACCUUUUAUUAUAUUACAAAUCUAAGUGUUUUAUAUCCUGGAGUUAAGCAGCAAACAACCUAGGAUUAUAGUAUUACAUGCCAUAAAAAUUAUGCUUUUUUGGUCCCAUGUUUUGUGCAAUUAUAAAGAGAUGGCUUUCUAUUAAGUAUAACGAUGUAUAUAUAAUUAAGAAUCAUAUUUUCCACAACUAAAAUGUGCAUUAUUUUUUUCAAAGUUUUAUCAUUGCUAUUUAUUUUUACUUUUGUUUCUGAACAUUGAAUACAUGUUCCUUUUGUAUGCUUAAUUACAUGUCUGUCAUGUACAAUAUUAAAUUUUUACUGUACAUUAACUUCUAGAAAAAGCAAAUAAAUGAAAAUUUUAUUUGCUUGAUAAAGUAAUUGAAAGUGUAUUUUUGGUAUGAAGCUGGUUUUCUGUCACAAUUGUAUCUGCUCAAAUUUUAAAAUAUCUUGUAAUAAAAUAAAAAUAUAUAUGAUGGCUAACACUUCAGAUAUUACUUUUAAGGAAUUCUAUAUUCAAGUUAUAUUUUGAAAACUAAGAUUGUGUCUGUUAAGACCCUCAAGUUGAGCUCAUUUUACUGUAUUAAUUAGAAGUUAUAUUUAGAAGACCAUUACUGUUUGUUUCCCUUAAGACUCUAAGACUGGGCUCACCUUGAGAGGGUGUGUGCGCGUUUUACACUCAGAAAGAAACUUUAUUUGUAUAAGUCAUUUAAUCUAAAGAAACCUUGCCUAAAUGAUAGCAGCUGUGUAUAGCAUGUCUAAGUUUGUGAAUAUUUAUGUAGCACUUAUUUCUGGAAUUUGCUAUCUUUCCCUUCCUUUUGGUCAGCUAUAUUCUUGCAAAAAUAUGUAUUUUAUGUGGCUAUUAACUGGCUUAUUGGGAAAGUUAAUCAUAGAAUUAGUAAGAGAAACUUGCUUGCUAAAUUGAUUCUUUGGAAAUACUUACCUAAUAUUCACUCUUUAAGAAAAUAUUGCCAAGAUAUGACUCUGAAAAUGUGGCUAGCAAAUUUAACAGAAGAACAUACAUGGGAUUUCGUCACAUAUAUUGAGGUAGCAAUACCUGUCUUUUUUUGUUGUUAAAUUUGUUAAAAAGGCUAGUGUGGGAGGAUAGUGUUGCUUAAACUAAUUAUUGAAAACUUUGAAACAAAAACAGUAAGAGGACAGAAACCAGAAUAGUCCACAGGACCUCAGCUGAGACCACAAAAUCAGUAAAAGCUAAGUGUUCCCACAGCAGGAGUGGUGUGGCAUAUCGAUGUGUCCUUUAUUUGGGCCUCAAAUUCCUAAUGAGGGCAGGAGGUGCUGAUGUCUCUGCCCAUGGUCUCAGACACUUGAUUCUUGCUGUCACACGGCCCUUUAGGUCAUUAUUUGUCGUGGAGGAAUAAUUAAAGUGAUACGUACUGGUGCUUCUCACCACUGGCUGCAUAUUAGAAUCACUUGGGGAGUUCUUAGGAAUCUCAGUGUGAGGAUGCACACCAUACUAAUUGAGAGUUUUGGGGGUUGGACCAAACUGUCAGUCUUCUUUUUUUAAGGCCUCCCAUUGCACUGUCAGAGCAGGGAGCCAUUGAUCUAUGCCCUCUGGUGAUGGGUCAUUUUUUAAGUGUUGAACUCAAGUACUUCCUGAAACAAACUCAGGUUCUGCAUGGCCGCUUUCUCACUGGGGUUAGCAAGGACAGGGAGAGGGAAGGAGAGUUGAUGCCCAGGUUAGAAAUGUAAAUACGACAGAGUGGUGUAAAGUGAAAAGACUUCCCCACCGCCUCCCUAAAGGUAACCACUAUUGUUUUUUGUAUGUCCUUCCAGAAAAUAUUAGCUGCAUACGUAUACACAUUCAUAUAUAUGCAUUCAGUUUAUAUUAAAUUUUGUAUCUUUAUAUUUGAUUAUAUAUUUGUAUCAAAUCUACACAGGUAUUACACCAUAUAAUUAGUAACAACAGUUUUAGUAGCAUUUUAUGACAUGAAUAUGCUCCCAGCCCUCAUUUCUCAUCUUUUGAUAAUACAAAAAAUGCUACUGUGAAAAUAAAUAUACACCACACAUACUUUUUUAAGUACAUCCAAAAUGUAAAUUCCUCGUAGUGAAUACUGACAGGUCAGAGUGUAUGCCAUGUUAAUUUUAAUAAAUGUUGCCAUCCAAAAAUGGUUGCGAGUAUUUAUACUCCAGUGAAACAUAAAUGUAUGAGUGUGUUUUUUCCUCUCCAUCAAACUUACUGAUAUGUGGGAAAAUGCAGCUUGUACUUCUUUGUCUCAGGUUGAACGUGUUUUCAUUUGUUUUAUUGGCCAUGUUAAUUCCUUUUUCUGUGUACCACGUCAUAUUCUCUGCCUAUUUUUUUCUGUUGGGUUCUUUGGUUUAUAGCUUUAAAGAAGCUAAAUGCCUGUUAAUGUGGCCACAAACACUACCCAGACAACUCCUAGCUUUCAGGAAAUCCACAGUUGGUUAACUUACUUUGCACAG